AUCAGAAGAGAGCAGCGCGUUGCCGUGGUAACCCGGGCCCAACGCCGAGCCGAGAGGCUGCCCGAGGCCGUCAGGAGGAGGUUUGAAUGAAGUGACUCCAGAAACCCAACAUUGAGGGGAAGAGCCCCUGACUGAAAAAUGGCCUUUGCUCCAUCCAAGAUCAUGAAUGGCCCCAAAAUGCAGACAAAGAUGAGCACAUGGACACCGCUGAACCACCAGCCCACUAAUGACAAGGUGUUUGAAGAAAGAGGAGAAUUACUCGGCAAAUGGUUUGACAAGUGGACGGACAAUCAGCGCCGCAGGAUCCUGCUGGGCCUGUUUGAGAGAUGCUCACUGUCACAGUUGAGGUUCUGCCAGCAGCAGCUGUGGAGCAGAGUACCUGCCGAGGCUGUGGACCUGGCCUCUUUCCUCCCCCGAGUGCUGUCUUUGUACAUCUUCUCCUUCCUGGAUCCUAGGAGCCUUUGCGCUGUGCACAG